GCGCCAGAGUUUGAAAUACGAGGCAUUACGAGGCAAAUUUAAAUCGCCAAUUUUCAUUGAAGUGCAAAAUUUAUAGCGCAGUAAAAUUCAUUUGCUUAUUUCUUAGGAAUUAAAAAAUGUCCAAAAAAUGUCCCGGUUGACUUAUUCAUUCCGACUGUUUAAUAUUCAUUCCGAAACAAUAAGUUUGUCUACUUAAUUCUAACAGAAGUGAAACGGUUCACGAUGCCAACGCCACCCGUUUCUGUUAGUCCUGAAGAUGAAACAAAUAAGUUUCUGAAGGAAAAUCGGGUAGCAGUGUUCAGCAAAUCAUACUGUCCGUUUUGUGAGCAAGUAAAGGAUCUGUUACGCACCCACAGGAUCCCAUACUCAGCCCUGGAAUUGGAUCUGAUCGAUAAUGGACCUGCCGUCCAGACCAUCCUCUUCGAGAGAACUGGUCAGAAGUCGGUACCCAACGUGUUUAUCAACGGCAGACACUUGGGAGGCUGCGACAAGACGGUCGAAGCGCACGCUGACGGCACCCUGCAGGCGAUGUUGAACGCGGGAUCCGGGGACGCACAAUACGACUAUGACCUGGCAGUGAUCGGCGGCGGCUCUGGAGGGCUGGCCUGCAGCAAGGAGGCGGCGCGACUCGGUGCUAGGGUCGUCAUCUGUGACUUCGUCAAGCCGUCACCCAAAGGGACCACUUGGGGCCUGGGGGGAACGUGCGUCAACGUGGGCUGCAUCCCCAAGAAGUUGAUGCACCAGACUAGUCUGCUUGGAGAGGCCUGCAGUGACGCGUCCAAGUUCGGCUGGUCGGUGACGGAGUCUCCUCAACAUUCCUGGGAGAAGAUGGUGAAGGGAAUCCAGGGACACAUCUCGUCCCUCAACUGGGGGUACCGCGUGCAGUUGCGAGAGAGACAUGUCACCUACAUGAACGCUUACGCUGAGUUUGUGGACGCGCACACACUCCGCACUGUGGACAAGAAGGGUCGCGAACGUCUCAUCUCUGCUAGAAACGUCGUCCUGGCCAUGGGGGGCCGACCGAGGAUACCCGACAUCCCGGGCGCCGAGCUCGGUAUCAGCAGUGACGACCUCUUCUCACUGCCGCGCAGCCCCGGCCGCACGCUGGUGGUCGGCGCCAGCUACAUUGCGCUCGAGUGCGCCGGCUUCCUCCGCGGCCUCGGCCUGCCGGUCACGGUGAUGGUGCGCUCCAUCCUCCUUCGCGGCUUCGACCAGCAGAUGGCCGAGCUGGUCGGCGAGCACCUGGCGCAACGCGGCGUGCGCUUCCUGCGCCCAUGCGUGCCCACGCGCCUCGAGCGCGUCGAGCCCGACGAAGAGGAAGAAGCCGACGCCGCCGAGACCCGUCCGUCGAUCCGCGUGACGGCGCAGAUGGAGGACGGGACGACCCUGGUGGCCGAAUACGACACGGUGCUGUUCGCCACUGGUCGCCGCGCCUGCACCGCCGGGAUAGGUCUGGAGAAGAUCGGCGUCCGACUCUCGCCCAAAGACGGCAAGGUGAUGUGUAACGAGGCCGAGCAGACGUCCGUGGAGCACGUGUAUGCUGUGGGCGACAUCCUGAGCGGCCACCCCGAGCUGACCCCUGUGGCCAUCCAGGCGGGCCGACAGCUGGCCAGGCGCCUGGUGACGGGCGCCACGGCUCUGACCGACUACCAGUACAUCCCCACCACGGUCUUCACGCCCGCCGAGUACGGCUGCGUCGGCCUCUCCGAGGAGGCGGCCGUCGAGCGCUACGGCGAGCACGACAUCGAGGUGUUCCACCAGUACUUCACGCCGCUCGAGCUGACCGUGCCGCAGCGGGACGAGAACGCCUCCUACGGGAAGCUGAUCUGCGUCAAGAGCCAGCGUCAGCGCGUGGUGGGCUUCCACCUGGUGGCUCCGCACGCCGGCGAGGUGACCCAGGGGUUCGCCGUGGCCCUGCGCCUGGGUGCCACUAAGGCAGACCUGGACGCCUCGGUCGGCAUACAUCCGACCGUGGCCGAGCAGUUCACAUUCAUGUUCAUCACCAAGGCGUCCGGUGCCAACAGCAAGUCGACCGGCUGCUGAGGUUAGAGAGACCGGUGCGGCGGCCCGCUGUUGAGGAUGGCGUGGUCGCAGCACCGGGGUAGGAGACGGUGACGGUCGAGCUGCGCGCGUCACGAAAAGUGACGCCGAGUGACGGGGCGGUCACAAACCUGUAACGGAGGACCGCUCCUGAUGAGCGCGGCUCGAUCGUCACAAAGGAGUGGAGAGGGAAACAGAAGCUGUCGGGGACUGGUCUGAUCUUCCAACUAGCUGACCGAUCUGAUCUAGAGCUCGAUAAUGUGUGGAUUGCCGUUCUGUGGCUUGUGCGAGAAAGCGAUCUUCGUUUUCGUUUUACGUUAUCUCCGAUUGUCUACCAUCUGUUUCUUGUAAUUUCUCUAUGAUGGUCGCAUUGCGAAUUCAUUUAUUGUCUUUUUAUCA